GCGAGCGAUUCAUCCAAGAAUCGAUCGAGCUCGAGCGGGGGCUUUCCUCCACCGCGAUCCGCCGCGGCCACACCUACUCCUCCACGGUCACCUCCUCCCCCGCCUCUUCUUGGUUCUUCUUCAAGGAACAAUCCCUCGUCGAGGGCUCUGGACAACUGCUACACCUUGAAAGACCUAACUAGCUCUGCUGUAUUUCUCAAUGGAGCGUCUCUCCGAGGAACUGAUCAUAGAGAUUCUCAAGAGGAUUACAAGGACAAGCGAUCUGAAUUCUCUUUCUCUUGUGUCGAAGCAGCUCUACGCCAUUGAUGCGGAGCAAAGGGCUACUAUUUGCAUUGAUUGUGGACUUUCAACAGAAGAUUUCUCAGCACUCUGUUCUCGGUUUCCCAAUUUGCUAAAAGUAGAGAUCGGUAACUCUGGUUCGACACCUGGCAAUGGGAACCAUAUUGACAACCAAGGUCUCUUUGUUCUUUCAUCUUCUUGUAAUUCGCUUAAUGAUCUCACCUUAAGCUUCUGCUCAAAGAUCAAUGAUGCUGGUAUUGCUAGCCUAACUUACUGCAAGAAGUUGAUGUCUCUGAAGCUGAACUCCAUACCAGAUGUAACUUCAAGUGGGCUUCUCUUGGUAGCUUUCGGUUGCAAGGCUCUAUCUUCUCUCUACCUUAAUGAUUGCAAGGGAAUUGCAGCCAGCACUGAGUGGCUGGAGUACCUUGGCAGUGAUGGAUCAUUGGAAGAACUCGUCGUCAAUAAUUGCCCGGGAAUAAGCCAGUAUGACUUUUUAAAGUUUGGUCGAGGAUGGAUGAAGCUUAAGAAAUUUGUGUUUGUAAACAAGGAAACCAUGGUGAACCACUUCAUCACUCGCCAUGACCCCUCAUACAAUGCUAACUGUGUGUAUAAAUAUGAUCUGUGCUGUGAGAAUUUGGAGGAUUUAAGGCUGGCUCGACUUCGAACAGAGCCAGAAGGUCCAGAAAUAGGACUACGUUUUCUGCUAAGGAAGUGCAAGGCGUUAGAGAAACUAUGCCUCGAGUAUGUUGGCGGUCUUAUUGACAAGGACAUGAUUGUGCUAUCCCAGAGCUGCAAGAACCUUAAAAGCAUCUCACUUUGGAUGAUGCCUCGACGCUUCCAUGAACAUGAGGUUCUUAGGAUGGGUUUCACCGAUGAAAGCCUUGAGAUGCUAGCCCACAACUGUCCAUUACUUCAGGAUCUCGAGCUCACAUUUGCAGGUGUUGAGGACUUGGAAUAUCCGGAAAUAGGCUUCACACAGGAGGGACUUGUGAAGCUCAUGCAUUCUUGUCCAAUCCGUUCUCUCACACUAAACGGCACCCUCUUCUUCAAUGACAAGGGGAUGAAGGGACUCUCAUCUGCACCGUUCCUGAAGACACUCCGCCUCGUCGAUUGCAAGAAGAUAACUGAUUACGGAAUGUGCUUCCUUGUGCACUACCCAUGCCUGGCUGAUCUCAAGCUUCAGUAUUGUUCUGGUUUGACAGAUGUUGGAAUAGCUGAGCUUGUACAUGCACAGAAAUUACAGUCUCUGGUUGUUGAAGGCUGCUCUAAUAUAUCUGAACAUGCUGUGCAGGGCUCAGCUAGAUCAGUCCAGUACUUUCCCAACUCGGCCAGAUCAGGUGCUACCCAUCUUAAAAGACUCGUUGAUUGAGGCUGUUAAUUGGUUGCUUUUGCUGUUAACCCUAUUGUCUCUGUGAUCGGACUUUUCAGUUUUCACCGCCAUUUUUGAACUUGAUUUUACUUUUCCCUUUUGUUCCUGUUAUUCGCUCUAAACAUAAGACCAACUGAGCAAAGUAUAUGUACUAGUAGUACUCUGCAAGUCUGCAGGCAUCUCAUCAUUGUGUCCCCAGCUAGUGUACUGAAUUUUCGUGUCAAACUUGGUGUUGGUGGUUUUCAGCUUGUCAUAAUUUUAGUUGCAAAUAUAUAUUUCAUUAAACUUGGGAAUGCUUGAUCAGUUCUUACACAUAAACAACAUUUGGCUGGUCCUAAGUGUAAAUGUGUAAUUUUGUCUUGAGUUGACCCACA